AUGCUCUCCUCGCGAACGUUCACGGCUGCUCUGAUACUCCUCUCUUCAACGAUUUAUGUGCGCUCUUCCCCAAUCUAUCACAGAACGCAUCAGAACGACGAUGUGACUGUUGCUACUGCCAUCCUCGACGGUAUUGUCUAUGUGAACAAAGAAAUCGUAGCCUUCGGCCUCAUCCAGUCCAACCUUGUUGAAUCGACUGGGGACACACUCGGAGGCUACGGCGGUGCGAUUGCAUUCAAGCGGGGAACGUGGAAGACAGCGAACGACGGGGCCUUCUCUGGGACCAUCGUAGCCAGACCUGACCGCGGGUUCAACGUAGACGGAACAGUGGACUACCAGGCACGACAGCACGAGAUCGACUUUGUUCUCUCGCCUUAUUACGGGACCGCAAAUUUGUCUUUCUCCAAUGCUCAGCAGACCCUUCAACUUCAGUAUCGGAAUACGACCCUCCAGUUCGAGCGCGAGCAUAAGAAGACGAGCGGGCUCGACCCAACCGGCGUGCGGAGUGCUCAGACAGGCUUUCAGGAGCUUGUGUUGGACGUUGAGGGGAUGGUGGCGAAUGCGGACGGGACGUACUGGAUCAGUGACGAAUACGGACCGUAUAUCUACCGUUUCUCCAGUAGCGGGAACUUAGUACGGGCGAUACAGCCACCAGAUGCGGUUCUGCCUCGGGACGCGUUUGGAAACUUCAACUUCACCUCCGCUGCCGAUCCUGUCACGGGAAGAAGUCCCAACCAAGGCUUCGAAGGGCUCACAUUCGACCCCAGCACUAACACGCUCUUUGCAAUGCUUCAGUCCGCCACAAUUCAGGACGGGGGCUCCUCCAAGGCGACAUCUAGAUACACACGUCUCUUCGCAUGGGAUGUCUUUAAUCCCGCAGUCAACCCACGGCUGAAAGGAGAGGGUGGGGACGAUAACAACUCGAAGUACAAACAGGCAGACCUGUUCUCCACCGUUCACGCAACCGAUAUCCACGGGACUAAAUUCGAUAAUCCUGCAAAUCCGAUUGCGGUGGAUGGGGUGCUCGAUAGCAGUAUCACUCCAGCCACGUAUGUUCCAUUUGUGAAUUAUGUCGACCCCAUUCAACUCGCGCGGUUCGGGCUGCACAACGGGAAACCAAACGAUCCGACGCUGCUCGACGGCAAGUGGGAGUCACUCGCUUUAGCUCCCAUCGGCGACCCCGCUUUCCCAGCUGAUUAUUUCCUCAUCACUGCCGCUGACAACGACUUCCUCAGCACGCAGGGAAUCUCGCUUGGCGUUCCGUUCAACGGAGGAAUUGACGUGGACAAUCAAAUGCUCGUGUUCAGGGUAACUCUGCCCAGUGUGGUUAGGGGAAGCGUUGAGCGGACCCUCGGCGUCUGA